AUGACCGUAGCUUGCACUAAAAUAACGUUUAAAUACUUUCUCUGUCAAAAAAAUUUUCCUUUACAAAAACAACUUUUAAGCCAUGAAAGAACUAAACAUCGCAACAAUAAAAGUGAAGCAGGGGAACAGAGAUUAAAGCAAAUUCUAAAUUAUGAACACUGGAAUUGUUGUCAAGAUCUGAAGACAAAUACAACUGGAUAUGUACUUUUUGUGAAUUAUGAAGGAAUAUAUGGAGUUACUUUUAGCUGGGCACAAAAUGAGUUAGUUGAAAAUGACCGAAUCUUUCAAUGUGGUACAGUUACUUGCACUUUUACAACCAAUUCAAGAGAAUUUGUUGAUGAGGACUACAUUUUGGACUUUGAUGAUUUUAAUAGGAAUUGCUUCUUCUUGGACUUCUUGGGCGAUUUUAAUAAGAAUUACUUCAGUCUUCUUUAUAAUAAAUAG